AUGUCAACCUGGCUAUUAGCACUGUCCAAUCUGGCUCCUGGAGAGCCAUUCGAUAUGGUUGGCAAUGCCACCACCCCAUUUGGGAAAAGGAAAGGAGCAAUAUGGGCAUUUUUUGGAAUUAACUGCAUUGAAGAGUGGUGGUAUUUAAAGUUAAAAAUUCAGUUUUCAACAUCUUUCCUCCAACCUCACACUCAGGACACAUUGGCCCAGUCAAAUUCAAGUAACAAUAAGCCAAUGGGGCCAUUGGUGGUCACUCAUGGCUCUAAGGGUAUUGUAAAGCCUAAAGUGGAUCCCCUUAAUGCAGAAGGGCCUGUGAUACCGCCAAAAGAGUCUAUCACAAUGUUGAAAAACUGGUCCCUGUCAAUGAAGCAAUCUUGGGCACAUCGUAAAGCAGAGGCUAAUUCAUUUCCUGAGGGUAGCAAGCACCCUGAUUCUCUAACUGCCCUUGAUGGUGUAACCAGUAGGGUCACAGGGACUGUGAAAGAGAAGCAAGGGUCUACUUCAUUUAAGGGAUUGUAG